CACCCUCUCCCCUUAUUCCCACUCCCAAACCCCUCUCUUCAUUCCAAUUCAUUUUGGCACCACAUUAACUCUAAACACACCAUGCCAACCCUCAAUGAUGUCCUCACAUUCUCAUUCUUCCUUCUCCUCUCUUGCUAUUGCCACCUCCUCAAUGGCCAAGAGGACUCCUCAUUUGGCCAUGCCAUCGACAGAAAAUUGCUAGGCCUAAAGAGAAAAGAAAAACUCAGCCACUUCAAGUUCUAUUGGCAUGACAUAGUGAGUGGUCGCAACCCCUCGUCGGUGGCGGUUGUUACGCCACCGACGAGGAUGAACACGACCACAGCAUUUGGCUUGGUCAACAUGAUCGACAACCCGUUGACCUUGGGCCCAGAAUUAAGUUCCAAGCUUGUGGGAAAAUCUCAAGGUUUUUACGCUUCUGCCUCGCAGAGUGAGAUUGGUCUUCUUAUGGCUAUGAAUUUUGCUUUCAUUGAAGGGAAGUACAAUGGCAGUACCAUCACCAUAUUGGGGAGGAAUUGUGUCUUCCACAAGGUGAGGGAGAUGCCUGUGAUUGGAGGGAGUGGACUCUUCAGGUUUGCUAGAGGGUAUGCUGAGGCUAGGACUCAUUGGUUUGAUCUCAAGGCUGGGGAUGCUAUUGUUGAGUACAAUGUUUAUGUUAUGCAUUAUUAAUUGAUGAUUUAAUAAUUAUGUUAUAAAAGAGAUUAUUAUAUAUACUUUUAGCUUUUGCUUUAGCAAUUGGCAAUUGACACUUUUUGUUGCUUUUGAUGCUUAGCUUUGCCUUAUCUAGAGAGGUGGGGCUUGUUCUUGUAAACCCAUCUUAAUUUGUUCCCAAUUUAAUUAUGUAUUUGUGGUCUUUGUGAUAAUUGGAAUAAUAAUUUAUCAUGCUCCCUGCCCUGCCUGCAGUUCGGAAUUA